AUGUUGAUUUCUGCCUUUUUUGUCAUCGCUAGCAGCAUUGGGGCGGCCGCAGCGACUGAGGCUUCAACCCUAACGUACCUCUUCCGCAUGAACCUUACCCUCAGUGCAACCAUCAAUACUGGUCCAGGUCCAGCAGGAACCAGACUAGCCAUACUCAUCACUGGCGGAACAUUAUCCGGCCCCAAGGGCGAAGGAGAUACCCUAGCCGUCGGUGCUGAUUUCGGUGCAAUCGAUGCUUUGGGGAACUUCAACGUCGAUGCACACUCUGUGGUACAGAUGGAUGAUGGUUCCUACGUUUACAGUCAUUCCGCGGGUCCUCUGAUCUCUGGAACUACUGCUUUGGACAGAGUCAAAUUUGAGACUGGAAGCAACAAGUAUUCUUGGCUGAAUGAGAUUCUCGCUGUAGCUGUGACUGAUUUCCCUGGCCCUUGGGUAUCCCUUGAUGUUUGGCAAUUGAACCCCCCUGCGCAUAAUGGAUUACAGCUCGUUUUGGAUCACAUCCAAAGUUAG